UGUUUUGCAGCCCUACCUCGCGCCCAUUUUAUUGUUUGCAUGUUUAUUUCUCAAAUUGUUUUGCAAAAAUGUCUCUUAAAAAGGCUCUGGAUGAUUGUUUAAUUGAUUUCGAUCGACGUGUGCUGGUCACCGAUCUGCUGGAGGAAUACAAAUUGUCCUACAAAGAAGUCAGUGAAACACUAGAAGAGUUCAUCAAAAAACAAGAAGAAAACAAAAACAAUUUAAGUAUUAAGUAUGAAAAGCGUUUCCUCGUCCAUGGCAUGCAAAAAGAGGAACCAGGCAGGGAACUGUACACUGUGGUGCAGGAGAAUAAGCUUAAGGAUUGGCUACAGAAACUUCGAAAUGCCGAGUCAAAGUUGUAUAGUGUGGAAGUGGCUGGUGGCUCCAAGAGCGCAGCUCCUGUCUUCAAACCCAUGCAGCACUUGGAGGUACAACUGAAGAAACUGGAAAGACGUGCAGGUGUCACAAACCCAUCUGCCGCAACCAAUGGGGUAACUAAUGGCGUUCAGAAGGCAGCUCCUGCUGCCACAAAUGGAGUUCAUAAGGCGACCAAUGGAGUUCACAAAGAGGAGAAGGUGGAAAAGGAAGCAAAUCCCUCGACCAGUGGCAGCAAGAAAAAUCACGAGCCAGAACCCAAAAAGACAUCGCCCAAAGAAGCGACAGUAAAAUCAAAGAAAGGCGGCAUUAAUAGUUUCUUUUCGGCUGCUCCUCCAGCUAACAACAAGUCGAAGGAGACAAAAGCUACCCCAGUGAAAACCACCUCUUCUGGUACCAUGGAUAGUUUCUUCAAAAAGAAUCAAACAGCUACAGCUGCUGCUCCUGCAGCUUCAACCUCAAAGACCAAACCCAAAGCAAAAGAAUCCCCGACUAUUAAAGAAGUCAAGAAAAAAUCGCCCGCCAAUACCUCCGUACAACUAUUCCUUGCAGAAAGUGAAGAAGAAUCUUCGGAUGAGGAGGAAAAGCUGGACAAGUUGCGUCGCCAAGUGGUUGGAUCUGGUGAUGAAGCCGAUGCAGAUGAUAAGCCCUCAGUCUCGAAACGUCGUCGUAUUGUCGACUCGGAUGAUGAAGAGCAGCCUACAAAAAAAUCAAAUGAAAACAAACCAACUACAACUGCAGCCCCCGCAGAAGAGCAAAUAAUGGAAGUGGAUGAUGAUGAGCCGGCAAAUGAAACUUAUUUGGAUGAAGAUGGUUUUGUCAUUACCCAACGUAAGCCAAAUAAAACUAAAUCUCAGCCAGCCAACGCCAACAACAAGAAGAAAACAUCUCCACCAAGUAAACCGACAGCGACAGCUGCAAAAAAGAAGUCCCCGCCAUCAGCUGUCAAAAAUGGUCCAAAAGAUACCGUUAAAACCAAACAGGGCAACAUUAUGAGUUUCUUUAGCAAGAAAUGAAACUCUUUAGUAAAUUGGCUUAAGAAUUUGUUUUUUUCUCUUUUCUGUAAGUCAACAAUGUUUAUACAAAUUACAAAAACAAAAUUAUUGAAAUAUUUAUAAUUUUUUUGGUAAACUUAUUCAACUCCUUUCCCAUUACAA